AUGCCAUAUUACGACUCCGCUUGGUAUGCACUUCGCAACGUUGUCUAUGCUACUGGCUGUCGUAUAUAUCGUUCCCAGUCUCCAACAGCCAAUUUUGCAGAGGUAGAGAGCGAAGCUCGAGCUUACUUCGCAAACGCGAUGUCUGUACACAGUGAGCUAUUGCUCACAAAACCAUCGCUUCGCUCCGUUAGAGCUCUUCUGGCAAUGGUUAUCUUCGCAGAAGGCUUAGCAAGCCCAGCCCUGUCUUCCGGUCUGAUAUUGAAUGCAGCGUUGCUUGCUCACUCCCUGGGACUUCACCUUAAGACUGCCGAUUUUGCCAGCCACGCCGACGCCGAGGCACUUCAGCGAUGUUGGCUCUUCUGGGCAGUGUACUGUUGCGAGAAACAUAUAGCCCAACGCUGCGGUCGUCCAUCUGUGAUCAACGAUGAUGAAAUCACUUGCGAGGUACCAAGAGCAGUCCAUCCUGGCAGUGCUAUUGAGCUUGAGAUGCUCACGUAUAUUAUUCAAACCUGCCAGCUCUAUGAUCAGACAAGUGAGCCACUCUUGUCCACAAGAGCAUUGCAUGAGCCUGCAGAAAAAAUGUUGAGUCUCGUGGCUCGAUUUGGCGACCAGUUGCAGUCAUGGAAGGCAUCCUUGCCAGUCGACCUCCAACCCGCCGACUUCUUAAAACAAUUCAGGAUGCCCGACAGCAUGAGGGCAAUGGGUUUGAUGGUUACUCAUUGCUCGUUCUACGACCUCGUUAUUGGUGUUCAUUCGAUAUUUCUGUAUCCCUGGGUAAUCGACUCGUUCGCGGGUACUAUGGACGCAAACCUGGCUCUCAUGGUCAGGGAACAGGUCAAGAAUAGCUCGCAACAGGUCGCAAAUGCUGCGCGAAGUCUUAUUGUGAUUGCGAGAAGCCUGGACAUGGGUCAGGCAGGCACUCAGUCGUAA